UACGGAUCAGAAUCGAGUCCAUUUUUGACACUCAUGAUUAGAAGAAAAAAAAUAUCGCCGAUUCUACAGUUUUGGAAAAAUAACUAGGAAGUAAAGCUUUCCUAAUUUAAUUUUUACACACUUCCCUCGAUGAUGAGUUUAUUUUUUCAAACUCGGAUGAAACAUAAUCACAUGCACUUCCUCAGAGAUGAAUUAAAAGAUAUGACUCUCUUAUUCUUCCGAUUAAAAGGCCAGACUCAUACUCAUCUUCCAUCGAAACACUUUUUUUCUCGAAUAAAUGUUGGAUAUCUUCGAUUAGCACGUUGAAGUAAAAAUGUAAAUAGAAUUCAUUAUCCGAAACUACUUAAACUAACAUUAAAAAUGAAGAUUUCUUCGAGUUAUUUAGCCGUGUUGUUGGUUAAAUGGUUGUGUCUGCUGUGUUCGAUCAAUGCUAGGGGCAGAGACAACGUGACAAUUAGUGAAGAUUUGAAAAAGUUUUUAGGUACCCUGGAAAAGUACGAAAAUACCCGCAACGAGGUUAUUUUCCUUUUAGACGAAUCUGGAAGUAUAACAGCAGCUAAAUAUCCAGAAGUUAAAACAUUUACCGAAUUAGUUGCACGAAGAUUUUCAGUUUCUGCAGACAAAACCCGAGUGGCUGUUAUUUCCUUUUCAACUGACACUAGGAUUCACGUGAACUAUAUUAAAGAUAGUGUAGGAAAUAAUAUGUGUACCCUCAUGGCAAAAAUACAUAGUUUGGAUUAUAAAGGAGAAGGUACAAGAACCAGUAUUGCUAUGAGGAAUAGCACAGAGAUAUUUUCUCAAGCAAGGCAGAACACGAACAAAAUCAUCGUACUGAUUACAGACGGGCAAAGCAAUUCCGGAUUCGAUCCGGUUUCUGAAGCCAGGAUAUUGAAACAGAACGGCGUCGUUAUCUUCGCAGUGGGUGUCGCUGAUGUGAACACAAAAGAGAUUGGCGAUGUUGCUACGUCCAGUGACCACAUUUAUAUAUUGGAAACAUUUGACUAUAUUAAGACAGUCAACGAUAAACUAAUUAAUGCCAUAAAUGAGACAAGCUGGGAUUACGUAGAUGAUAUUUCCUUGUGCAAUAACUUUUGUGAUCUGAAAUCGGAUUGUUGCGACGCUCAUGCGAAAUGCUAUUGCGGAACAAUGGGAGGAUCGUAUGAGUGUAAUUGCGGAGCCGGAUAUUACGGGACUGGACAUAAACAACGUUGCCAUGUGUGUCCUAAGGGAACCUAUAAGGAGGAAGUUGGAAAUAGAAAUUGUACUUUCUGCCCACCUCAUUCUACGACGAUAGGAAGCGGAAGUACAAGUUCGAAUGACUGCGUAUGUGAAAAGGGUUACGAAUGGCAUGGUAACUACUGUAAAGCGAUGGAGUGUGCAAAAAUUGAAGCUCCUUUAGGAGGAGUUUUCAUUCCCAACAAAUGCGAUAACGUCUAUGGAACAGAGUGCAAAGUCAAAUGCAAAGAAGGAUUUUGCCCUUAUUCUUGUAAUUAUCCGCACAAUUCCGAUUCGCCGCCCUGGGAUCAACUUCCCUUACAAUCCAGGACUUGUUUAGAAACAGGAAAAUGGAGUGGUAAUGAUUUCAUGUGUGAAAAAAUGAGAUGUCCGGCAUUAGAACACCCAGUCUCUGGAAAGCAUAAUUGUUCGAACUUCUCAUAUGGAACAAUGUGUCAAUUUGAGUGUGAUGAGGGGUACGAACUAUUCGGAUCUCGUUUUCGAUUUUGUUUUUCGAAUGGCACCUGGAGUGGACUUCGAACUCGCUGUUUGGUCAAAUACUGUAAACCUUUGCAAAUCAACCAGAUCUUAAAAGUCAAUCCGAACAAAUGCAGUCUUUCGAAAAUGCCAUACAAAUCAGUGUGCAGAUACUACUGCUCUAAAGGAUAUACUCUAGUAUCCCGAAAUGGAAAUAGUGACGGAAUAAAUGAAUGUCAAUCCAAUCAGACGUGGUCAGGAGCUGACAAUUCUAUAAAUUGCCAGGAUGUAUCUCCACCUGUUAUCCAUUGUCCUAAAUCUAUAACAGUUAAAACGGACUUUUCCAAAAGCACUGCCUCUGUUUCUUGGGAUUUGCCCGUCGCACAAGACAAUAUUUUCGUCAGUUUCGUGGAUAUUAUAGAGCCCAGACACAUAAGGAAGAUGCCGCAUUCUUUCCCUAUUUCCACUACGAAGGUUGUCUAUAAAGCAGUGGACAGCGUCAAUCUGACAAACACGUGUUCAUUUAACGUUACUGUUAUCGAUAAAGAGCCUCCAUCAGUAUUAUUCUGUCCAUCUGAUAUAGAGUUAUUCAGUGAAAACAACGCUGAAAUGAUUGUUAGCUGGAAUGAACCAGUAUUUAAUGAUAAUUCUGGAAAUUUUACUUUGACACCUCCAAAUAAGAAGAGCGGUACUGGAUUUGCAUGGGGAUCACAUGAUGUAAUAUCCUACAAUGUUACAGACCCGUCAGGGAAUAAAGCGUACUGCAACUUUACAGUGACUGUAAAACCCUAUCCAUGUCCAUAUUUUAAACGUCCAUUGAACGGGAUGGUCACUUGUGACACAUGGCAGCAGGGCCGUUUAUGCAGCGUUCAGUGCAACGAGGGUUAUCACUUUGCUUCUAAAGAAGAUGUUCCAGCUGUGUUCGAAUGUUUACAGACUGGCAGCAGUUCGACGAAAACAGGAAAAUGGGUCCCAUUCCAGUUACUAGAUGUAUCAUUUAAAAUGCCCGUACCUGAUUGCACAAAAAUACAAAAGAUGAAUGUUGUGAAUGCUUCAAUCGAUCUCAGCUUUCCUGUCAAUGAUUGCAGUGAAGAAGCUAUCAACAAGAUGAAGAAAAAGUUCCUUCGAAAUCUCAAACCUUUUGAUAUGUUGCUUCCUGGAUUUAUCUGCCCCGCUGCUGAUAGUUGCCUUCCAGAAAAUGUACGCGUAGAAUGCGUACCCGAUAUCUCAAGGAAGAAGAGAAGUAAGAGAAGUACUGAGAAUCUUCUAAAAAUAUCGUUUGAUGUCAAAUUGCAACCCUCUGUAGAAUUGGAUGACAAUGUGGAGAAUAGUAUUGACGCAAAUUCGAUGAAUCAGAUAUUGGAAGAAGUUCUUGCUGUUGCAUCAGAGAAUGCGAGAGAAGUUUACAGUAUUCCAUCCAUCCAAAAUCCGCAAAUAAAUUAUCGCUUGGAAGCCAUUUGCAGAGCAGGGCAACUGAGGAUUAACGAUACCUGCAUUAACUGUCCAGCCGGUACAUAUAAAGAUGAUAUCAGUGACUCUUGUAUGGAUUGUCCAGCUUCUACUUACCAGGAGAAGGAAGGAUUAUUAUAUUGUUUACCGUGUCCAGUUGGGUACACUACCUACCAGACAAGAAGCAAAUCUUUCAGGGAUUGCAAAGCUCCUUGUCCUCCCGGAUAUUAUUCCAAAACCUCAUUUGAGCCUUGCUUUCCAUGUCCUCUCAACACUUUUCAAGAAUCACCAAGAAGUCAAGAGUGCGCCAAAUGCCCGCAUGGUCUGCAAACAUGGAAAGUCGGCUCUAACAGCUCAUUGGAUUGUACAAUUUCAUGCAAACCGGGAUUUUAUUCAGAUACAGGAUUAGAACCUUGCAUUCCGUGUGAUUUCGGAUUUUAUCAACCUCACAGUGAACAAAAGAAUUGCACAAUUUGUCCCAAUGGCACUAGCACACGAAUGAAAGGCUCUGUAGGGAAUUGUGAAGUUAUAAAUGUUUGCGAAGAACAGCACCCCUGCGCAAAUGGUUCCAAGUGUGUUCCAGUGGGAAAUGAUUAUUCGUGCAUCUGCAGUCUGGGAUACUUCGGAAGAAAUUGUGAAGAGACAAAGUAUUAUUGCGAAGAGGAUCACUGCUUAAAUAAUGGAAGUUGCAAAGUGGUACCAGGAGGAUACGAGUGUUCCUGCCCAGAGGGGUUUUCUGGAAAACAGUGUGAAAUUAACAUCGAUGACUGUCAGCCAGGUUUGUGCCAGAAUGGCGGUGAAUGCAAAGACUUGAUUAAAGGAUACGAAUGUAUCUGUUCAGCUGGAUUUGGGGGAUUGAACUGUGAAAUAAAUAUAUUUGAUUGCGGUUUAGAUCCAUGUUUAAAUGGAGGUACCUGUUUUGACAAACUGGAAGGGUACAAAUGCUGCUGUCCUCCCGGUUUUACUGGAGUGCAUUGUGAGAAAAAACUGGAACGAAAUCUGUGUGACACUGUCCAAUGUCUGAAUGGAGGUACUUGUGAAUCGAAUGAAACUGAUUUUAAUUGCCUUUGCAAAGCGGGAUACGAGGGAGUGUUCUGCGAAUCUGAUGUAGAUGAAUGUUUGAACCACACUUGCCUCAAUGAUGGCGUUUGCAUCAAUGGCAUCAAUAGUGCAUCUUGCCAGUGCUCGAUCCUCUUCGCUGGUGAUAGAUGCGAAAAAGCUUUGCCUAAAGAAUUUUCAUUGAGUUUUAUGUCUCCAUCCACUGCAAAUUAUGCAAUCGUACAGAAUACCAAGAGACUUUAUUCGAUAACUGUGUCCUUUUUCAUGCGGACGAAUUAUGACGAGGCCAUGAAAAGGCCAACACCUCUUUCUUACAGUUACUAUGACAAGGAAAAGAACAUUUUAAUGGACAAUGCACUCACGUUUUACGAUACACGUGGAUUCAUCAUUUACAUCCACGGAGAAGAGCUGCACACUGGAGUGAAGGCUAAUCAUGAUUUCAACUGGCAUCAUUACGCAUUGACAUGGCAGAGGAAGGGUGGAAAGUGGUCAUUUUUUGUCGAUGGAAAAGUUGCUGCUUCAGGUGACGGCAUCGGUACCGAGAAUUACAUGUGGCCCGGAAUGUUUGUAUUAGGACAGGAACAAGACAGUUUGGGAGGAACCUUUAGCACACUCGAAGCAUUUGUUGGUGACAUUACUGAGUUUAAUGUGUGGGAUUAUGCGUUGUCCGAAAAUGAGAUAAAGUCAUUGCCGUUAAUGUGUGGUUAUAUUGGAAAUUUAAUACCCUGGCUUCAAGUUUCUAACAAUGUACAUGGAAAUAUUCAAGUUUCAGAAAAAGUAGACCUCUGCUCGAGCAAAGGACGCUGCGCAGUCAAGAACUGUAACUGUUUAUAUUCAAUCAAAGGAAACAGUGAUUGCAGCAAACGUCCAGUUGAAGAUUGCACUCCUAAUCCUUGUCAGAAUGGUCAACCUUGCAUAGAAGGUGAUGCUUAUUCUUAUUGUAACUGCAGCUCAGGGUAUGACGGAAAAUUAUGUGAUUAUGAUAUAAACGAGUGUCAGGAAAACAAUGGUAAUUGUACACAUUUCUGCACCAAUACCGAUGGUUCUUACAAGUGCGGCUGCCCAGAAAAUAUGACUCUAUCGGAUGACAACCACACUUGCAUAGAUACUACUUUUUGUCAAGUCAAUGGACAAAUAAUAUUGGAUGGACAAUGGUGGAUGUCCUCUUGUCAGGAAUGUCUGUGUGAAAAGUCACAAGUAAUUUGCAACGAUUUGCAAUGCUCCUUUAUCAAAUGCCACCCGGAAGAAACCCUGAUGCAAUUCCCGGGUGAUUGCUGUCCAAAGUGUGUGUCGUAUUCAUUCUGUUUUGUUACACCCAACCAUACCGUGACUACAUUUGGAUAUUCUCAACUACAAUUUACUGACAAAUGUUCCUACACUCUUCUGGAGGACUGUGUCCAUGGACAUUUUAGUGUCCGGCUCGAUGGCGACUCCAAUAAUUUAAAAGUGUAUCAAUCCUGUUCCGUCCUGCAACUCAAUUCCACGGGAGAAAUGUUACUGGAUGAAGAAAAUUUGGUUUCACCUUUCAAGAAUGAUUUAUUCCAUGUACAAUCCGAUAACUCGAGUGUUCUGUUAUAUACUCAUUCGGGUGUAUACAUCCAGUCGUAUUCCAAUGGAGAAAUUUUAUUGGCACUCCCAACAGAUAUUUCCAAACACGCAUGCGGAGUUUGUGGCAGUCUGCAAGAAUAUAACGUGCAAAGACAUGUUUCAAACUCUACUUCAGAAGAGAAGAAUUGCAUUUUGAAGUUAGAAACAGAUCAAGAUAUUUUUGUAACAAAUCAAGCUGCAACAUAUCCUGUCAACUGUUUAAUGCUUUGGAUCAUUUUAUUGUGUUUUCUAAUUCGGUAUACUUCAUAAUGAUUAACUUAUUUUGUAAAAAGCAAAUAAAAGAAUUAAAACUUUUUGAAAUUAA